AGCCGAGUAAACAGAUAAAUAAAGAAAACAGUCUCAGUACAUCGAGUGAAAAUCGAGGAACAAGUGUAUUUACCAGAUAUGGCUGAGCUCGAGCCAAAUCGUUGUUACGCCUGCAAGAAACUCUUCUGUUGCGUGGAUUGCUGUACAAAUCACAUAAGAAAUAAGCAUCCAGGUCGUCAAUCCGAGUGUCCCCUCUGUCGCUCGGAAAUUCUCAUCACCCGUAAUUUCAAUAAUUCCCAUUUUUUGUGUCACGUCGUGAUCAAUCAUCUGCCACUGAAAUGCCGAUACUGCGGUGAUUUCUUUCAGUGCAGUGCUGAUCUGAAGAAUCUGGGGACUUGUUCACGUCGUUUAUUGAUACAAAAAGAUAAUAUUAUUAAUGAAGGGCACUCAGUAGUCGCGCAUGGGCCAUCACCACUGACUCAAACUCCCCUAAACCCCGUGAAUCAGAGCAAAGGAUAUUCCAUCGAAGGAGACUAUAACUCCAACUUCGAGGACCUGACGUCACCACCAGAAUUUACAAGACACACGAGUACCCCGAUGCAGAUUGGCAUAUCCAGAAAAACAACUGGUUUUAUUUUCAAGACUCCGAGAAGUCCGAAUUUCUCUCUGAAAACCCCGAAGACACCGACGUGCGUUCUCCAGGAUAAAAAUCAAGCUGGAGAAGCCGGUGAAGACAGUAAAAGUAGCUACAGUAAGACAGAUACACCUCUAAUUUACAAGAAACAAUUAUCACGCGAGAGCAAUUUGCAGGAACUGCUGGAACAGUCUGAAUCCGUUUAUCUCAGUUUCUCUCCAUCGAGGAGACAGAAUUUGUCAGAGAGAGCUUCGCUCAAGUCUAUUUUAAUGAGUAAAUCACCUGGGGAAAAUUUUGAGCCCCAGAAGGAGAGGGUGCUCGAGGGCACCAGCACCGACAUGGAUUUGACGGAACCCAUGGGGUUUACUCCAGUCCCUCUUCUCAAAAGUGAUCCAGAGGAAAGAACAUCCAUCGAGGGAGUCUUCAAGUUCCCCCCCGAGGUGAGAGAUUCGGGAAAGAGGGUGAGGUUCUCGGAUCAAUUCGAGGUGCAGAAGGUGCCAGAUACUAGUCCGAGUAAAUCUCCUGUGACUGAUAUUGAGGAAUUCUUUGAGGCUCGACAGAGUCUGUCAGAAUUCACGGUCAUCAAUUCUGAUACGUCACCGGGUGAACAGAAAGAGGAUAAAGCCAAAGCCAGUCCUACGACCAAUAAUAAUUUCAGUCCGACUAGGUGUGAAGAGAACGAAGAAAAUCGAGGGAACAAGGAAAAUAUUGAGAAUGCAAAUAUCGAAAAAGGCACUCCAACUGGAAAAAAUAAUGAGAAUGAGGGACAUAAAUAUGUGAGUACUAAAGUUUCAGAGACUUCACGAGUGGUGAUGAUGGUGCUGGUGGAGAAGACCGGGGACAGUGGUAAUGUGGAUCUAACUCCACUCAUCAAUUCUGGUUUAAAGACUUUGGAAUCGGUGACCACAGGCAUGAACUCUGGAGAAUCUCCAGUCUCGACGGGGGAACAUCCUGACGUGCAGAAAAAGCUCGCUGUUGUUUCGGUUGAUACUUAUAAACGUAUCUCAACAAUUGAGCGUUGCCAUAAGCCAGAAUCUCCCGGAGACUUGAGUCAGAAGAGAAGAUCUGAUAAAUCUGAGAGCAGUGGAAGCCUCUUAUCUGCGGUUGCCAAUGCUGUUAGGACCGCAUUUAAAAAUAUCUCAGAAGCUGUCACAACUAGACAUGUCAUGGGCGAACAAGAGGGCUCUCGAAAAAUUCCAACGAUUCAAAUACACCCUCCGGAUACACCAGCCCCUUCUGUCCGACCUCUGAAACGAGCGAGAGACGAUUUAAUUUCGCUGGAUGCUGCGGAAGUUACGGCGGCUGGAGCUACUGAUAGUGAUGAAUCAAAUGAUAUUCGGAGUCCAGAGCAGAAGAGACCUCGUGCUUGGUACAGGCAGAUACGUGGGAGGGAUCCAAUCGCGAGAAUGAAAUAUAGUUCGAUACUACCGAGCAGAGGUAUCUCUAAUGAAACUCAAUGCUUUCAGCAAGGAUCGCUGUCCGUUGGAGAUACCAUUCUACCUCUACCCUCUCGUGCCCAUCAAUCGACGCAGACUGAUCGUUGACGAGAAAAUAACGGGUGUCUAUGAUUAUGCAUUUUUUUAAAAUACACGCAGAUGAAGUUUAGGUUUUUUAGGAUUUGAUGGAUAAAGAUUGAGUUACUCUUUGAAUUAAAAAUUUGAAUGCAA